CCGCUCUCGGGGCGCACACAGUCUCCAUGGGGACUGGAGAUGGCGUCGCGAGGUAAACGGUUGUCCUCCACCCCGCUGGAGAUCCUGUUUUUUCUGAACGGGUGGUAUUAUGCCACUUAUUUCCUGCUGGAACUCUUCAUAUUCCUCUAUAAAGGGCUCCUGCUGCCGUACCCAACAGCCAAUCUCAUCCUGGACGUGGUGAUGCUGUUCCUCUACCUUGGAGUUGAAAUAAUCCGUCUGUUUUUCGGUACAAAGGGAAACCUCUGCCAGCGAAAGAUGCCCCUUGGUAUUAGUGUGGCCUUGACCUUGCCAUCUGCCAUGAUGGCCUCCUAUUACCUGCUGCUGCAGACUUAUGUGCUCCGCCUGGAAGCCAUCAUGAACGGUAUCUUGCUCUUCUUCUGUGGCUCCGAGCUGCUGCUUGAGGUGCUGACCCUGGCCGCCUUUUCCAGUAUGGACAGGGUUUGAUGUAGACAGAUGUCAGCCAGCAGCCCAUCAGAGCUGCAAGCGUGUACUGCGGUGCUUUAGCCACACCAGUGAGAACUGGCUAUCCUGGGGAAGAAAGCACAGCUUUCCCAUGGCACACAUUAUCUGGGCAGCCACCCCAGCCCAAGGCUGGAACGCGGCAUCUUCGGAACCAGGACGAUCGGCCCUGACCCUUCUACCCGACAGCCUGUAAGGCCAGCCCUGGCCUGGCCCUUCUCAGAACUCCACGCUGAGCUCAAGUUCUCUUUGAUCACUGUGGCCAGAAUACUUUGCUUCCUGCGGACCUGGGCUGCACGCUCACAGGGUGUGCCAGGCAGCACCUGCCCUGCUGGGCUCUUACCCUCUUCCUCCCAGAGACUGAGCUCCCAAACUUUUAUAGUAGUUCAUAGUUAUUUUUCUAUGCU